CAGAACCGUCUCUUCGACAAAUCUAAGAGCUCGGAGAACAUUCUGUGGUUCAAGCAUGAAGGGGAGACAAAAAGAAAUGUUCCAGGAGAAGAAGAUGAUAGUGUCAUGAAACUGGGGAACUCACUGUGGUUCCCGAAGAUUGCAGAAAGACACUCUGGAAAUUAUUCCUGUUGGAAUGGGGAGAGGACAAUACACUUCCUGGUGGAUUUAAUGCAAAGGAAUGAGAUGGGUUGCAGGGACUAUGGAGACAGUGAGGUGACGCUGGUUCUGGGAGAAGGGGGUAACAUAACCUGUCCUGGGGUGACCUGCAACACUUCAACUCAAAAUUCAGCCAUCAGAUGGUACAAGAAUGACAAAUCUGCCGGGGAACUGAUGAGUUUCCGCGAUCUGACACUGCGGGCCACACAGAUCAUUUUGCACACAGUCUAUGAGAAGGACAGUGCAAACUUCACCUGCGAUCAUGACCAUGUGGACGGAAUCACCUGGACAGUAAGAAGGACAGUGAGGGUCACAGUGAUACCACCGGCCAAUGUGAACCUGCCUUACAUUAUCAGUCCCAAGAAUAAUCAGACAGAGGAAGUAGACCUAGGAAAACCUCACACGUUAACUUGCAAAGUGCAGUCCGCUGUCGAGAGGAACUUCAAUUUGUCGAUUACAUGGCUGGUGAAUUACCAUGACAAUCAAGGUCUGCAGUUGCUGGAGAUGGACAGUCCCCAGCAGGUGGAGAGGAGCAUCUGGGAGCAGACGAUCAAUCAAAAUGCACAAAUUCAGCAGGUGACCCAGAAGCACCUGGGGGCCACCUUCAUCUGUUGGGCACAGAACUCUAAGGGCAACGCCAGUGUCACCGUUAGUCUGAGGAGAAGGCCUGAAGCAGCCAGACUCAUUCUGGUCAUUACAGGACCCAUUGUGAUGAUGCUGGUCAUAACUGGGUUCAGUGUCUUGGUACGACUUUACUGGCUAGAGAUCUACCUUCUGUACAGAACAUACCUUCCACUCACAGAAACAACCACAGUGGGGAAGGAAUAUGAUGCCUUUGUGUCAUGUGUGAGCACCUCAUCCUCUGAAGAAGAGGAUAGUACUCUGACAGGAGAGGAGCUAGGACUGCACCACCUGCCUAAAGUAUUGGAGCAGCAGUGUGGCUACAGGCUGUGUCUGCUACAGAGAGACCUGGUCCCUGGAGGGGCCUACACCGAGGAUGUGCUGUGGUCCAUCCAGCGGAGCAGGAGGGUCAUAUGUGUGCUGAGCGCCUGCUACCUGCGCAGUGAGAGCCUCUUCGAGCUGGAGACCAGCCUGAAGGCCCUCAGAGAGGACAGACAGCUGAGGCUCAUCCUCAUCUGGGGCACCAGCCCUCCGGCGCGGCUGGAUUCCCUUCCGCCCACGGUGAGGCGAGCACUCAGGGUCCUGCCUGCCAUCCGCUGGAGCUCCAGCGAAGCAGCACGCUCUGACUCCAGAUUCUGGAAAUCCCUCAAGAUGGCCAUGCCGGUCUUUCCUCUACAACCGCAUUCUGUCAGGACAGAGAGCUGCCUGGGAGGAGGGGAGAGCCCUGCAAGCAGACUUGAUAUUAGCUAG